AACGUGAUCGCUGCUUCUCGAACAGAAGGUUCUACCCUCAUACAGGCUGGUCUGCAAAAAUUAUGGCUCUUUUCUCUGUUGGAAAUCUUUUCAGGGAUAAUGUAAUUCGUUUCGUCCCCGCAGCAUCGAGAGCAAGCUCUUGGUGGUCUGGGGUAGAAAUGGGUCCACCAGAUGCCAUCCUUGGUGUGACUGAAGCCUUCAAACGUGACAGCAAUCCACAGAAAAUGAACCUGGGUGUUGGUGCCUACAGAUCUGAUGAAGGAAAACCUUUUGUUCUUCCCAGUGUCAGGAAGGCUGAGGAGAUCAUGAUGGCUGCCAGUCAUGACAAGGAAUACUUGCCAAUCACAGGUCUAGCAGACUUCACCAAGGCGGCUGCCAUUCUGGCGUUUGGCGAUAACAGUGAAACAGUUUCUAGAAACCUGAAUAUAACUUCUCAAGGAAUAUCCGGUACAGGAUCUCUUCGCAUCGGAGCCAACUUCCUUCAGAGGUAUUACCCUGGAAAUAAACAAGUUUUUCUUCCAACACCAUCAUGGGGCAACCACACACCUAUUUUCAACCAUGCUGGUUUACAACUCGGAGCCUACCGGUAUUAUGACAAGAGCACAUGCGGUUUUGACAAGGCUGGCUGCCUGGAGGAUAUAUCAAAAAUUCCUGAAGGAUCUAUCAUUCUUCUGCAUGCAUGUGCACACAACCCAACAGGUGUUGACCCCAAGCCUGAAGACUGGAAAGAACUGAGCCAUCUCAUCAAGAAGAAGAAACUUUACCCCUUCUUCGAUAUGGCGUACCAAGGUUUUGCGAGUGGUGACAUUGACAGAGAUGCGUACGCUCUUAGAUUAUUCUUACAGGAUGGACACCAACUGAUGUUGGCGCAAUCCUUCGCCAAGAACAUGGGAUUAUAUGGUGAGCGAGCAGGCGCAUUCACAAUUGUCUGCGAAACGGAGGAGGAGAUGAAGCGUGUCGAGUCUCAGGUGAAGAUCACAAUUCGUCCAAUCUACUCCAACCCACCGGUGCACGGAGCCCGUAUAGCAGCUACCAUAUUAAACACACCAGAUCUCCGUAAAGAAUGGCUUGUUGAUGUGAAACACAUGGCUGACCGUAUCAUCAAUAUGCGUGAAAUGCUGGUUGCUAACCUAAAGAAGGAAGGCUCCACGCUUGAUUGGUCACACGUUACCGAUCAGAUCGGAAUGUUCUGCUUCACAGGCCUCAAACCUGAACAGGUGGAACGUAUUACCAAGGAAUUUUCUGUUUAUUUAACUAAAGAUGGACGUAUAUCUGUCGCUGGAAUUUCAUCGUCAAACAAUGCCUACUUAGCACACGCCAUCCACCAAGUCACUAAAUAAACUUAAUCUUUAUAAAAGUAAUCACACUGUUAGAAAAAUGUAUCAAUAAAUAUUAAAAAAAUAUACAAUUAUGGUCAGUUCUUGUAGAAACUAUAUAAUUCACAUGGUUUGCUUGAUAUUCUAAAAGAAUAACUAUUAUUAAAAUAUGGAGUGCUCUUACUAAAUUUAAAUUAAAAUAAAAGAAUAUUUUCAGGGUUAAACUAUGCAGGAAGAGUAUAAUAAAAUUGCAAGAGGUUCUACUGUCGAGGUUCUUUGAAUUAGAAUCCCAUUCUCAAAAAGUAUGACCACAAAAUAGAGGGCGCAUUUCAAAAGAACGUGCAACACAUGUUCGAAUUUCAGACUACAGUAUUCGAAUUUUAAUAGGGCGCCCCCUAUCUGGUGGUAGUACUUUGCAUUUCGUUUGCCUGCAUGGAAAAUACGAAUAUUCGGACUCUUGCUAUUCUAUAUACUUACUCUUGGAGGUGAACAAUCAAAAUCACAGCUUGGACCUGUAUUUUACUCUUCAGUUCUGUUAUGUAACACUGCUGAAUGUCAACAAAUUAUAUUCACAAGUCAAAGACUUUCUAUUC